AAGAAAGACGGGUGUGAAGGUAAUCAUCUCCUGUCCCCCAGAUGAGCAGAGUUGGUGUCUUAACCACUCCAGUUUUGGUGAAGAUCAGGGUCUGUAAGCAACACAAAGCAUCAAUAUGAUUAAAAGAAGCUAACGCUGGAAAGUUGAAUUGAUGGGACUAUGGAUUCUAAUGGUGUAGAAGAGGAUAUUGAGGAUAUUAAAGUCUGGAAGUAUAUCAAGGAGGGAAAUUCAUCAUUAGUUAUUGGACAUAAGAAGAAGCACAUUGUUUAUCGGCUUUGGAAGAAAGACACCAAAGAUGUCCUUCAGAAGAAUUCUAGAAAAAUGGAGUGUUUGGCAAAAAUUAAUUACAUAAAAAACUGCCUCCUGCCUAUCUUGGGGAGAUAUUCCAGUAUUCCAAAAUGCGUUCCAGUGAGUGCAGAUUUUGUUGAUUCAGUAAGCAAAGCAUUUGAGAGCCAAAGACCUUUAAAAAGAUGCCAUCAGAUGAUAGAUCCCAAUCAAACAUCAGUUCUCUGCUCACCAAACUACUGCUUCUUAGAUGACAAAGGUCAAAAGGGAACAUCAACUCUUACUGUAGAAUUAAAGCCUAAACUAGGUUAUAUACCCACCCACCAUAUUUCAUCUCCAGAGAUUGAAGAUCAACCAGUUUGCUUGUUCUGCAUGCAACAAAUAUUAAAGAGGAAAGAAGGUCAAUGGAACUACACAAGCAAAUACUGCCCUGUCAAUCUUUUCUCUGGAGAUCCAGAGAGAAUGAGACAGGCCAUUGAAGGAUUGUUCAAAACACCACAAAACAACCUUAGCAUCUUUAAGGAUGGUGAACUGAUUUAUCCAAGAGAAAAAAGGACACUACCAACAGAAGAUGAUCAUGAAAAUAUCACCAUGGCGAUAAAGAGUUGGUUUGGAUGCCACAAUGAAUCUCUGUCAUCAGAGGAGUUUUGUAUCCCUCCGUCUUUCACUAAAAGUGACUGUAUUCAAGAUAUCAUAAGUCUUCUAAUACAGACCCUAUGUCGAUCAGAUAAAACAUCAACAUUACCAGAGAUAAACAAGAGGUCAUCACCAUGGAUACCAUGUUUUGAAGGUCAGCAACAUGGAUCAAAUCAUAAGAAGGAUGCUAGUUCCUAUAGACUUGCGAAUGGUUGUGUCCUUGGUCGUAUCUUAACUAUGCAACAUAUGGACACUCUUGGUAUUGAUGUGAUACAUAAGAUAUACCAGAGAUACAUGAAUCAUCUUUAUCAAUAUCCUGAGCAGAAGGAGGGAUUAGGCAUCACCGACCAGUCUUUUACAGUUAGCUCAUCAACAAUUCUAAAGCAGAGAUUGAGUGAUGAUGAGGUACUAGAUCUACCAAUCCAAGAGUGUGUAAAUCUUCUCAAAACCUACAUGAUGUCAAGGACAGCUAGGGAUUGCUCUAUUUUGAUUACAUUCAAACCAGCAGCCAUUUCAAGUACCAUGGAUGAUGAUAUUGUAUCCUUGAAGGAACAGAGAUUCCAUGUAGCAUGUCACCUAGUCGACCUAGAUUCUAAGUCACCUGCUAAGAUUCCUUAUUACCAUAAACAAGAACACCUUAUCUCAAACACCUAUCAUAGCAGGUAAUGUCCAAUUCUGAGCUGGCAAUCAAGAUUUCUUACUACAACAAAUUUCAUCUAAGCUAAGUAUUCAGAUAUAAUGGUUGCAAACUAGACAUCAAUUUCAAAUUGAAUCUUGCUAUAGUGAACUUGAAUUAAUGUGUUGACAGAAUGAAAUAUUGAGGAAAAAAUGCAUUAUGAAACCUCCCAAUUUGUUAAAAAAUCAUUUGUAAAUGUAUGAGAGAAGUUAUAGGACAGAAACUUUGUCUUAUAUUCACAUUUAUAAUUUUGCCUCACAAUAAUUUCACGAAUUCCGCAUUUAAUGAAAUCUUGAUCAAGUAUGUUUGUGAUCGUUUGUAGAACUUUUUGUUUUAUUGGUAUAACUUGAUAUGAUUGGUUAUCAUACAUAAUUAUAUUCCACCAUUUUUGUGUGUAUGAAAAUAAGAGUCUGUUUAUUUUCCAUUAUUUUAUACAUCAAUUAUCAUAUGUAUGAAAUGCAUAUCCUUGAUGCUUAAGAAUUUUUUCUGAUCUAUUUUUCAAUGUAAGGAUAAGAUGUAUUUCUCUUAGUCAAUAAGGUGGAUAAUUUAAUUGUGUAAAGUGUGUCUGUCAAUAUCAUGAAGCUGUUUAGUAAUUAACUUCUGCCUAACUAACAGAUAGCAUGAUGAGCAUAAUGUUUUUACAAAUUCAUUAAAUUUGUUCAGUAUUAAUAAUUUGUUUUAUAAAACGGGUUCAGAGAUGUAGCUAUUAGUGUGUAUGCAAGUCAAAUGAUUAUGCUUAAAUUUUAUGUAACCUCCAAGCCAUUUUUCUUGCAGCACUGUGCAUUUUGGGUGCAUCAUUUUCAUCAUAUCGUUUAAACUGAGACACCAUCUGAAAUAUGCAUUCUUUCAAAGUAAAGGCAUGCUGCUGGUGCCACAUACAUACUAGAUACACCUGUGAUAUAAUAGAAGGCAGGUAUGACCCACGAAUCUAUGCAAUUCUAAGAAAAAUUAGAAAGAUUCGAGCAACCUUUUCUUUAUGAAUUCACACUGCUUUCCGUUUUAUAAGACAAAUAAUGCACAUUUUUCAAACUUGUGGAGUUAGUAGCAAAUGCAGGCAUCUUGGGUUUUUGCAAUGACAUGCGGAUACCGUUGAGUGUGCUGCAUCGCCAUAGUGUACUGAUAAAUGUGCAUCAUAUGUACAUUAUAGUAUUGACACUGAGAUAGUCACAUUGUAUAUACGCCACAGACAUGGAAAUGACUAAAACAGUAAAUAUUGCUCUCUCAACUGGAUAUAUUAUGCCCUAUAUUCCUUGGAUAUCAAUCUCAGUUGAGUGCUUUAUAUGGUGCUUAAAUAUACAUUAAAUACAUGUAUACCUGAAAGAUUUACUGAAAUAUUUUGCCUUAUAUGUUUAAAGUUUACUUUAUAUAUGCUGCAAUUUUUCUGUUACUAGUUUCUUAUUCAUUGUUGCAGAUUAUCAUUUAAUCAUGUAUUGAAAAAAGUGGAGUGAAUUGUGUGCAUUGUGAGUAACAAGAGUCCUACUAAUCAUUACUAUUUCAUAAACCUCUGAAGUAUUAUUUUAAAUCGAUUUUCAAUUUAUGUUUGUAAAAGGAAAUUCAAAUGAUUAUCAAGGAAUUACUUGUUUGUUGAAAUUAAGGAUGAGUAGUGAACAGGUUUAAACAAGAAACAACCAAAUGUAUUGCAGAAUUCAUCAUUUCCUGAUGAAUAACUAUUUUCUCAGUGUGCUAUUUUGAUGAGUAAGAAGGCAUUAUAUAUCAUAAUCUGACUGUUGUGAUCAUAAAGUAAACAAAUGAUUAGACUGAAGCAUAUGUUGUAUUUCACAUUCUGGUGUUGCCAUGAAACAUGGAUAUAAAUAAGUUUUUUAAAUGGACUCAUGAUCAUUUUCUGCUUUGUUAAAGGGAUGGUCUGGGCUGAAAAUAUUUAUAUCUUAAUACAUAGAGGAGAGUUCACUGAGCAAAA